AGGGAAGAUUGCAGGGGGUUUACUGUGACACUGUUCUUAGCUAGUGGGUUCACUUGCUGAAGGACCAGCUGGCUGCUGAGGCUGCGGCGCGACUGGAGGCCCAGGCUCGCGUGCACCAGCUCCUGCUGCAGAACAAGGACAUGCUUCAGCACAUCUCUCUGCUGGUGAAGCAGGUGCAGGAGCUGGAGCUGAAGCUGUCGGGACAGAACGCCAUGGGCUCCCAGGAUAGCUUGCUGGAGAUCACCUUCCGCUCUGGAGCUCUUCCCGUGCUCUGUGACCCCACGACCCCGAAGCCAGAGGACCUGCACUCGCCGCCCCUGGGCGCGGGCUUGGCCGACUUCGCCCACCCAGUGGGCAGCCCCUUAGUCGACCACAGCAUGUUUGAGAACUUGAACACGGCCCUCACUCCAAAGCUCCAGCCAAGCCGCUCCUUCCCCCACGUGUCCAGGCCCGCGGCCCCCAGCUCUGCUGUCCUGGGGUCUGUGGAGCCCGGAGGGCCUGGACUCUGGGUGGGCAGCAGCCAGCACCUCAAGAACCUGGGCAAAGCCAUGGGGGCCAAAGUUAACGACUUCCUGCGGAGAAAAGAGCCCUCGAGCCUGGGCAGCGUGGGCACGAUGGAGGUCAACAAGACUGCAGGGGCCCAGCUGGCCGGGGGGGCUGACGUGGAUGACGGAAGGUCAUCCCUGCAGGAAGCAUUCCCUCGGCUGGAUCCCCCGCCUCCUACCACCAGGAAGCGAACCCCUCGGGCCCUGAAGACCACCCAGGACAUGCUGAUUUCAUCGCAGCCGGUCCUAAGCAGUCUGGAGUAUGGGACAGAGCUGUCACCUGGGCAGCCCCAGGACUCCCCUCCCACUGCCCAGCCCAGCCCAGCAGAUGCUUCACAGCCAGAGGCCAUCAUGGAAAUGGUGGACAGGGGUGAGGCUCUGCCCAAUGGAGAGGUUUUCCUGUCGGUACCUGACCUAAUCCACAAGGACAACCAGGACGAACCGAAGCUAAAGGUGACUGAGUGCCGAAGGGCCUCCUCCCCUGGCCUCAUCGAGAGAAACGGCCUCAAACUCAGCCUGAGCCCCAUCAGCCUGGCUGACCCUCUGGAGGACAGCAGCCCGCCUCCUCGGGCACGGACCUCCAGCCUUGACAUGGAGGGCCCUCACCCAGACCUGCUGUCCUUUGAGUAGAGCUGCUUCUGCUCCUGCUGAGACCCCCUCCCCUCUGCUCGCUUCUUCACCGCACACCCUGGCCCUUGCCCCGGCUCCACCCUGCUGUGUGUCCUGCUUGCACAAGGCUCAGCAGAGCCAGUCUUCCACACGGGCUGCUGCAGGGCCACAAGUCCAUGUGUAGUCCUAGUUCAAGAGUCCGUCCGUGGAAUGGCUCCUUGGCGUGCUGGCUGCAGCCCUUGGAUACCAGGGCGCCUCUGCUCCGAGUUGCCCUGGCUUCCCACUGACCUGCAAGGCCAGCAGCCCAGGAUGAAGGGUAUUCUCUCUGCCUGGCUCCCACAUGCUUCCUGCUCUUCUCCAUCCCAUGCCCUCCUGGUUCCUUCCUUCUCCUCCCUGGGGGCCAGAGGCCUCCUGCCUCCGGAGGAAUCAGGCUGGAUGAGGGAUGACAGGUUUGGCUCGAUGAUGGGCCCAGGCCCAGAAAGCCGCAUACCCCGAGCACAGCCCAGCCACAGCUCCUCCUGACCCCAAGACAGCACAGGCCCUUGGGUUGUUACCUCGCCUCUGCCCGUGUGGAUGCAAGCCGGGGGCAGUGCUUACCGGACCUGAGACCUCGGGAGGCCUUGUCGACACCCCGGGUUCACAGGGUGUGUCUCGUCUAGCCUGAGGCAGGGCACGGAGCCAGCCACCGAGGGCGCCUGCCCGGCAUGGGAGUGUGGAGAGGCACUGGGCAAGGUGAUGCAGCCAGCUACUCUCGGGCUCCUUGCACAGAAGAAGAGACCCGGGCUUCCCUUGCUGUGCGUGAAGACAGGGCUAGGCAGGCCCUGGCAGAAGCAGCAGAGCAAGUUCUGAUUUUGUUUGGUGGGGAGGGCCCAGGAACCUGGCGUCCAGGGAGCUGGUCCCGAGAGAACCCAGAGCAGUAGUGGGGAAGGCAGUGAACACGGGAUGGAGAAAGAGUAGUCGUAAGGGCUCAGAGCAGCUUUUCAGGGUUUCCACAGCGUGAUGUGAUGUAGUUCUAGGGUCUAGGCAUGGUAAGUGCAGGAAGCAAGGUGAGAAGUGUGAGAGGUUGGAAUGUGGUAGGAACCGUGGAGCAGGCCACGCUUACGUAGGAGGCGCUCCGCUCUCGUACAGAAGGUGCUGUCUACCUGCCUGCCUCUGGGGUCUCUGUGAAGGACUGACAGUUCACACAGCCCCACUGGUUCUGCCCUGCUGGGUUAACCCACAUCUGUGUUCCUGUCUCCCACCAGGGGUCCUGUCAUGCUGUUUUCCUGUGGCCAAGAGACCCUGUCAGGGGGUGAUCCCAACCCCGGGGGCCUUUGCAGCAAGAAGAGAACAUGCCUUUUUUUGAGCAAGGUGGCUGGGUCCCCGGGAGAAGGCUGGGAGUGGCACAUCUGGCCAGAGUGGGCUGUUCGGUUCUCCUUCUGUGACUCCUGCCGCCUCCCCUUUUCUAUUCUUUGUUCGGCUUCCCACUCUGGGUGCCCCAGAGCUCACUGCCCACUUCAUCUCAUCACCCAGUUCCUGCUCCCCAGGAACCACCCCUGCCUUAUAAAAUGUCCAAGCUAACUCCUGUAGACCUGGGAGCCUCGGGGGACCACCGGGAUGCAGGUGCCCUUCCCGCCUCCUUGCUUCUGCAGCCGGGGGCCUUGCCGUAGCUCUCCCGCCACCUUUUCUCCUACCCUGCGUUCUCAGAGUGAAGCUUUGUCUCAUCUUCCUCAGGAGGGUCCAGGCACGCCGGGCACCUUGCAGGCCGUGGUGAAGUGAGGAAGGCUGUUACUGAAUUGAGUCGAUCCCGACUUACUCCAGGAAUAUCACAAAGAUGUUGAUCUCUGACCCUGAUGCUCAGAAGUUCUCAGGACUAGCAUUUGGGGGCCCGUGAGUUUUCCCACAAUGGCUUGGGGUUCUGCACAAAACACAGAGGUGGGGGCAGAGAACUAAACCCACGUGCUGGCAGCUAGCCCACUCUCAUCUGUGCUUCCAUCCCAGAAGCUCGGUUUGCUUCUCUGAUGGGAAACUUACCAGGUUCCUGCACUCUGGGGCUACUCCUCUCCCAGAGACCAGGGUGGCUCUGGCCGGGUGUUAUUGUAGCCAUAGGUGCAGAGGUGGCAGGCCCGGGCUGGCUUAAGCACCCUGCUCUCUGCUCCACACCCAGCCGCUGCUGAGGUCCUGGCCCUCAGACCCAGGGUUAGCCCAGGAAUCCUAUCAGGCUGUCCCAGGACCGUGGCCAGGGUGGUCCCAGCGUUCCUUGGACUCGUGUCUAGUACCAAACAAGGAGCUGUGGGACCCUGCUUCAAUGUCUGGGUGGCCUCUCUGUGAUCUCCAUCUCAGCCAUCCUUCUACAGGAGGGGUGAGGCUGCUACCGGGUGGAGGAGCUCUCUGAGGCUAAAAUCAGGUCCUAGAUGUGACAGAGAGUGCCUGGUGCCAGGGCUAAGUGUAGCCCAGAGGCCAGUAGGAACAGCGACUUCUAUCCUGCUGAGGGCCCCGGCUCAGACCAGCUCUCUAUGCAAAGCCCCACUUGACUUCCCGUGUGCAUGUCAACAGCCUGACCUGCCCAUGACUGCGGCAUGGCAGUCACCCCCCUGACACACCCCUCAUGGUGAAGCCAACUUCUCUGGAAGCUUGGCCCAGUCUGCUCAAGGACAGGGUACUGAGGAGAAAUGAAGGGCCUGUCUUCUGUGUCCACAGAAGGAAGCUGGGGCCACAGAGUUUUUUUCUCUCCCUGUUACCCACUGUCCUGUGUUCCCAUAUUCAGCAAUAGUUUUACCCUGAUAGAUGCAAGGUGAGCUUCCAGAACUUGGCAGGAAGGUGGCCUAUUCCCCUGCAUGGAGAGAAAUGUAUCUGUGUUAACGAAUGUGGGUGAUAUGAAGACAUUCAUGUAGUCCAUCAACUUUUAAAGAACAGAGGUUGGCCCCCGUUUGGGGAAAGAAGAAUAUUACAGAGCUAUUCCAAGUGUUUUCUAGAGGUUUUAUAUUUAUAUUUUUAGUAAUCUUCUGGUAGAAGGAAACUACACAAUAAAAUGAUUUGGUUUGGUU